GACUAUCCAUGCAAAUGAGAGACUGGGGUGCCUAUUACGCUGGUCAGGGACAUGGGCUGAUAAGAUUCUGGCUAGGAACAAGACCAAUGAUUGGAUGCCUCACACCGGAGACUGCGAAAAGUUCAAAUAUGGAUGAUCCACAAGAGGAAACCUUUGUGUUGCAGAUGAUUCUAGAGCGUGAAAAAUGGCGUUUACGGCGAAAAAUUCUGACUCCUUCCUUUCACUUCAAAGUUCUCAACGAUUUUAUCUCAAUUUAUGACAGCCAGGCAAAGGUGCGUGAAAAGUGGCGCUUACGGCGAAAAAUUCUGACACCUUCCUUUCACUUCAAAGUUCUCAACGAUUUUAUCUCAAUUUAUGACAGCCAGGCGAAGAAAUUCGUCAGUCAACUGGAACAAUUUGCUGCAAGCGAAGAGGAAUUCAAUAUCUUUCCUUAUGUCAAACGAUGCGCUUUAGAUAUCAUAUGCGAAACAGCAAUGGGAUGUCAUGUGUCAUCUCAAGAGGACCAUGAUCAUCCUUAUGUGUACUCGGUACAAAGGAUGAAUGAGCUUGCUUUCCUUCACGAACGAAUGCCUUGGAUGUGGAUUCCAGCGAUAUGGUAGGU